AUGAAUGGAUUGAAGAAGAAUGGGCAUUUUGAACAAAAUGAAGGAAACACCAACUGGGUUAACGUAAAUGAAAUACUUCUGAAAAAACAAUCUGAUCAAAACUUAUUGUUAGUAUAUAAAAACAGCGAAACAGAUUUACAAAAUUGGUUUGAUAAUUUAUCCAAAUGUAUUGAGUCCUUGGAAAAAGGCAGUGGAAACACUUGUCAACACAAACUAGAACUGUUUAAUGAUAUAAAAGAAGAUUAUAUUAAUAAUGGAGAAAAACUUAUUAAUAAUUUAAGGUUGAACUGUCAAAACUUAAGACAAGUAGUCAGCAUUUCAGAUGCUCAGUUACUUGAUGAUCAGAUGAAAUCAGCUGAUCGGCGUUAUAAAGACUUUUGGACAAGAAUGGAAAGAAAAUAUGAAAUCUUAGAAAAUUCCCAAAAAAAUUUAUUAUAUGCCAGAUCACAAAUAGAAGAAAUUAAUAGUUGGAUAGAUGCAAAAUCACAACUGUUGGAUGAAAAUAAUAUAGUUAGUUAUGAUAGUAACAGUGUUGAAAAGAAGUUGAUUGAUUUAAAAAAUAUUAAUAAAGAAGCAGAGACAAAACACAUUUUCUUAACUGAUUCACUUACAGUUAAACUCAAUGCUAUAGAACUUGAAUCAGAACCUAUAGAGUUCAACGAUCUCGAGGAAAAGUUAUACAAGCCUACAAUCAAUAAAUUGGACAAUUUUAAAACAAAAAUAAAUGAAAGUCUAUUAAAAAUUAAGAACAUGCAUGAAGCCAGUCAAAAGUUUGAAAAUGCACUUAAUCAGUGUAAUGUAUGGUUAGAUCGCAGUGAAAAAGAUCUCUCACCAGAUAAAUAUAAACUUGAACCUUUAGAAUUUAUUAAAGCUGAGAAAAAUGUUGAGAAAAUAUUGAAUUUAAAAGCAGACAUUCAAUGUUUUAAAGAUGGAAAAUUAUCGGACUUAGAAAAAAAUAGUCAAGUUUUAUCUGCUUUCUGUGAUAAAGAUAAUAUUUCAGUAAUACAAUCAGUCUUAAAUGAAGUUCUCAAUAAGACUAAACUAAUUGACAAAAUGAGUGAUUUUGCUGAAGAAAAAUCAAAAUCUGUUUUGGAAAAUAGGAAAAAUGUUGAAAAUAAUGUUAAUUUAUGUCAGCAAUGGUUUAGUGAAGUAGAAGUGAUCAUGUCUGCUGAUGUUCGUCUAUCAAGUUUAAAUAUUGUAGAAGAUCAACUGCAAAAGUAUGAUGAUCUUAAUAAUCGCAGUUCUGAAAUUGAUAAUACUAUUGAACAAAUUAAAACAAUUAGUGAAAAAAUGGUACUAAGUGAAUCGGAUACAUUAAAGAUUAGCGAUCAGAUUUUAUCAUUAGAAAACAGUCAAAAAAGAACAAAAGCUAUGAUCAAAGAUAGAAUUGAAAUGAUUGGACAAUAUCUAGAAAAAAUGAAAAAUAUAUCAAAACUUGUAGACGAAAGUAAGAAAAUGAUUCAAAAAGUUCAGUCAAACUUGCAAGAGCUUGAUCGUCCAGUGGGAAGUACUGUGGAUGAUGUCAAAGACAUGAUAAAGUCAUAUGAAACAUUGUUAAAAGAACUAAAAGAAUGGAAUGAUAAAUUAAGUGAUAAUGAUAAUGAAUCACUUAACGAAAUUGUUAAGCAGCAAGAAGAGCUGAUCAAUACAAUUGAAAAACAAUUAUCAAAACUUGGACAAUUGUUGCACCUUCAUGAGCAGUUUAUGACAUUGAUUGCUGAUAUUGUCAUGUUUCUUACAAAAUAUUCUAGUGUUGUCAAUGAGAUUGGAAAAUCUGGAAACACUAUUCAAAACAAAAUCAAGCAGUUUGAUGAGGUUACGGUUAAAAUUCAAGAGUGUGAAGCAACUCUCUUGUUGGCAACAGAUAAAGGUGAAAGAAUUGCAGAAGUAGGUUCUGCAUUCGAUCAUAACAACAUAACUCAGCAGUUGCAAUCAUUAAAACAACAGUUGCUUACUUUGAGAAAAGCUGUGGAAAAAGAAAGACAAAAACUUGAAGCCACCGCAGCGGAACACAUUAAACUUGCUGCGGAUUUAGAACAAGUUUUAGAUUGGAUACGUGAAAACGAAGCUCUCAUUAAAUCCAGACCACUGCUUGAAAUUAAUAUCAAUAGUGUUGAAACCGAUUUAAAGGCACAUGAGGAAUUAAAAGUAAAAGUUGAUGAGCAUUUGUCUCGAUUGAAGACGAUACAUUCAACUGCCCAAAACGAAAAUAUUGAAGACAGUACAAUGCUUGAAUGUUUGAGUGAAGCUAGCUCAUUUUUGAAUACUAUACCAAAAGAAUUACAGGACAGACAAACAUAUUUAAAUAUAAAUAAAGGCUAUCGUGUGGACUACGAACAGUUAAAGGACAAAUUUGUACUGUGGAUUAACGAAGCUAAACAAAAAUUGGCAUCCGUCGAAGAAGACAAAAAUGAUUAUGCUAAUAUGGUUUCAAAUAUGGAGCAUUUAAAAGCAUUCUUCAGUGAUCAAACUGUUCAUGAUUUAGUCACUAAGAAAAUCAAGCAUUCCAUAGAUAAAAUCAGACCUUCCUUAACUUCUCAGCAAAACGAUGUUCUGACGGCAGAACAACGGGGUUUCAAUAAAGACCUCGACGACGUAAUGAAUUCUGCUAAAGCCAUUCAGAAAAAAAUGGAUGACGAAUUUGGUGUUUACAAAGAGUACAGAAAUGUUGUCGACAAAGUAUCAUCGAUUUUAGACCGCUGUAAAUACAAGGAAGAUCCUAUUCAGAACUUAGCUGGCUUAUACUUCAAUGUUGAAAAGAUUACAUUAGUGCAAAACGAUUUACUUCGCCAACAAAAUGAACUGGAUUCAUUACUGACCAAAUCAAAACUGAUUGUCGGCAACGAUGAAAUCCAAUCUAAUACCGAUUCGCUUGUGAAACAGUGGUCUGAACUAGAAAAAGAAAUGUCGUCUCGAAUAAUGUUAGUGACCGAAGUGGGUGAUAAAUGGAAAAAUAUCGAAGACGAGUAUAGGAAAAUUGAAAUCGAAUUUACUCGCAUUAAAGAUGCUUUAACGAGCGUCGAUCGAGUGAUUAGAUCGAAAGAUCAAAUAGUGGAAUCUAUAGCUACACUUCGCAAACUUAAAGACAACUUGGAUGUUUGUGGUGAUCAGCUCAAUAAUACUAAGCCGGUCGGUGAGAGCGUUCUCGACUUUUUAACUUCCGAAUCUCAUCCCGCAUCCACUAUUUUGAAAGAUGACAUUAAAUCGCAUGACGAAAAACAUGAAUCACUCUUGCAACAAUUGAACAACGAACUCAGUCAAUUUGAAGUGUAUUUGAAUGAUUUCACCGAGGUUGAGGCCCGACUAGACAAAUUGGAAUCGUCUCUGAAUAGUCUUAAACCUGAAGUGGAAUAUUUUUACGUGUUCGCUCAAGAUACGGAACAAACCCAAAAGGAAUUUGACGAUUUAUCCGAAAAAGUUAAAGAAGCCGCUAGUGAUCUGAAAAAAUUUAUUGAAUGCACACAAAAUAACUACAUUUCAUCACAAAAAUCAGUGCCAAACGAUUUAUUAAGCAAGUUCAAUCCUUUGGAGCUUGUAUCCGAAGAAUUAACAAGCCUGAUGGAUUCAAACAGCAGAGGCCUAAAACGGGCCAAAACCGUUCGGACAGAGUAUUUGAAGUAUGUAGAUGACGUGCAGAGAUGGCUUCAGGAGGCCGAAGUGAAGGUUCAAGAUCGCGGCAGUGAACCAAAAAAAAUCAAAGAACAUAUACAGACGAUUGAAGAUGAGAUAACUGCAAUUAAUGACAAACUAAAUAAAGCUAUUACACAUGGUAAAGAGAUCAUUGAAAAGACAAAAGAUGAAGAAGAAAAAGAAAUGAUUCCAAAAACGAUUGAAUCAUUAGUAGGAAAAAUGAGCCAAGUGAAACUUUGGUUGGACGAAAAACGUAACCAAAUUGGUGACACUUUGGACGCCUGGCAAAAAUUCUUAUCUGUUUAUGACUUGGUGAUGGCCUGGUGCCAAAAUAAAACAAAUUAUUUAGAAGAACCGAUAACUCUAAGUUCACUUGACGUAGUAAAACAAAAAGCUCAUGAAUUUUCGGCUGCUGUGAAAUCGAGCAAACAACAGAGCAAACAUCUAGCUGAAAUGAGCAAAGAAUUGGAUAUCAUCGCUUUGUCUACAGAUGUUGGACACUUGCCAGAAAAACUGGAAGAAGCUAACAAUGCUAAAAAUGAUGUAGAGGGAAAACUGUCAGAAAAAAGUGCUCUAUUGCACGAGACAUGUGAAGAAUGGGAGCAAUUUGAAAGGAAAUUAAAAGAUGUUAAAUCAUUUAUCGAAAAAUCUCAAAAUGCUAUUGAAUCAGCUGCUAACAAAAAGCGAACCCUACGCGAACAACAUGAUCUGAGGGAAAAGAUGUUGGCUGAUAUUACAAUACAAAGAAACAAGAUUACACUAUCAACUGAAAAAUUGCAGAUUCAUUUCCGAGCUGGUUUUGGAGGCAGUGAAAACAUUGAACAUUUAUCUAAAGACAGUUUGUCUCAGCUAGAUAAAUUGUUCAAAAUUGUCGAAGAGCAAGCACAUAAUUUGGAAGAAAGUCUCUCACAGCUCGACAAAUACCAACAAGAAAUACAACAUCUUCGUCAAAAAGUCAUUACUGCUGAGCAACAAUUAAGACUGACACAAAGUCCAACGUAUUUACCUCACGAUAGACAAAAGGCUGUGCAAGAACAAAACGACGUUCGAAACGCACUGGAAUCAUAUCGGCAACGUUUGGAUUGUACAAUGAAUGCUGUGCGAACGCAUAUCGAACAUUUUAUCGAUUCCAAUCCUUUGCUGGAAUCCACGUCAUGUACAGAUCCCGUAAAUAAUCUAAAAAAUCCACCGAAACAAAUAAGCCGUAAUAUUAUUAAAACUCCCCGAAUAGUGUUGAAUUUAACCGAAACCGACAAGCACCAAAUGCGAAUAAGAUCACGGUCCCCUUCGCCGUUUUGGAUAAAAGGCGAAACGUCCACGUACUCAGAAGUCCUCAAAACCGGUUGCGUACUGUCGAGGAGCAAUAGUAGGAGCACGACUCCGGAAUCAAAAAGUGUCGAUGUUGAGAGUGGAACACGCAUGAGUAGAAAAUCGAGUUUCGAUAAUCUACUCCGAACUCCACCGUUGACGAGAACCAGGAGUAAAUCACCAAAGGACAAAUGGCAACCAAAGGAUUUAAAAAAAAACACAACUUCACGCAUAUCAACACUGCAGGAAUCGCAGACGUCUGUAUCAGCGUUUGCUAAAGAUAGACAAUCAAAGGAAGACGACUCUGAGGAUCGCGUUACCCUCGCGUCACCGACUCCUAGACACGUUAAACGACGAUCUCGGUCCAGGAGGAACCGAAAUGUAACUGGAAAAGACUCCGGAAACAAACCAUCAACAAACAAAUCAGAUGCUGAACCCUCAGCAAACCCCGAAGAAACUGCAGUAACACCCGAAAGACACGCAGUGGACACCACGAGUUCGUCGUCGACAGAGAAACCGGAAAUCGUAGUAUCGGACGUGAAAACCCGACGGAACAGCGAAGAUAAUCUCCAAUCCCGGAACCUUGCCGAGCAAAUGUCUGGGACAUACGACCCGGUGACUCGCGACGGUGACUGGAAACUAUUGACCGUCGACGACACUACUGAUGCGAUACCGUUGAAUGUCGUGUCGGUCAUCGGUGACUUUUCGAAAUCCCGAUUAUCGUUGGAUAGUAUGCUCGGCAGCACCAGGUGCUCGAACAGUUGUUUCGAUCUGAACGAACGGUUGAAGGGGAUAUUCGGUUCGGUCGACCAGAAACACUACAGGCACCACCGUGUCGUCGAUCGUCCGCGAUCCAAAUCCGAUACUCGCGACCUGAACGAGCUCAAGCAGAUAUUUACUAGCCCCAAUACCGAUGACAAUAAUAAGUACACGUGCCGUUUCGAACGUAGUGCUGGAUCGGUAAAAAACCAUAUCAAUAGGGACUCCACUUCCGGUAGACGUUCUUUUGAUAAUAUUAUUAUCUUAUCCCCUCUUGGAAACACGCAAAUGCAACAGAAAUCAGACGGAACUACUGACAACGAACACGACGAGUCUACUAUCAAAUCACAUUUACAAGCACUAAGCGAUGAGAGUAUACCAUUAGAAUUAGCAAUGAAACCAUUUGUGGCAUUUGAUGAAGGGCAGACUGCAAUAAUUGAAUUAACUUCAACACAAACGAUGAUCACUGCAUUAAUCACUGAUGAUGGUGAUCAAUCACAAACUAAGGCAAUCAAAGAACUAAAAACAUAUAACGAACAAUAUGAACAAAUAUUAAUAGAAUUAGAAACUAAUGAAGAUAAAUAUGAUACAUAUGAUUUAAGUACCAAAAUUAUAAAAUUAAAAGAGAUUAUAACUAGAUAUGAAAUGUAUGAAGAAAUAGAAGAAUUUCAAAUAUUAAUUAUUCGGCUUAGAACUGUCGUCGAAAAACUUGAGAAAUUAGUAAUAAACAAAAAUAAAAUGGCUAUUAAGAAUAAAUUAAAAGAUGCUGAUGAUGCAAUAUGUUAUUACGAAGACUGGUUAUUAACAACUGAAAAUGAUGGCCCAAAAUAUGUGGAUAAAAUUGAAGAAGAUAUUAUUGAAUUAAAAAAUAAACUCCAUCAAUUGAAAACCUAUGAAGAAAAUGUUGAAUAUGAGACACGUAUUUUAAAACUUCAAUAUAUAAUUGAAAAGCUUGAAAUGAUUAAAGAUAACUUCACAAAAUUGAAUCAAAAGGACACAAAAUACAAUGUUGAAAGCACGGUUAUAUCAACUGAAUUAUCUUGCAUGAAUUCACCUAAGGAUUUACAUAAUACUAGUGUAGAAAGCAUGAUGAUUCCAAAAUUAAAUUAUUCAUUAAAUCACCCAAAAAUAGGAACGCAGUCUCGUGAAAAAGAUUAUGUAACCUCCCCGAGUGUAAUAAAAAACACUGAAAGAGAGAAUGAGAUAAGCACAAUAAAUAUGCUAAAAGACAGUGAAGUUUUGAGAAGUCCAAAGUUAGUGAGGAAAAUAAACCAAGCAUUACGAGAUGAGCAUAACAUUAACAAAACUGAAAUAAAUGUUGGUAGCAAAAAAAUUGUAGGCUCUCUAGAACAGACUGAAUUAGACACAAGUAAUCGUUUUGAAAUUGAAAAAAAAAUUGAGAAAAUGAAAUCAAUAGAUGUCAACACACAAUUUCAAUCUGAAAAAACAGACUCACCUGAAAAAAAAGAAGAUAAAAAAUCGAAAGGAUUUCUUCGUUUUAAAAUUCCAAAUGUGUUUAUGAAAAAAUCAAAACAAGGUGAAAUUGAUACUGAAAGUAUAUUAAGCAAUCCACAAGAACAAAGUGUAGAUAUUGAAAAUGAUAAUGUCAAACUAUUAAUGUAUAAAAGGAUGAGUAGUAUAAGUAAUGAGCCCAAUAUUCAACAACAAAACGAAAACCAACUGAAUAACGAAAAAGAUACAACUGAUCAAAAACCAAAAGACUUAUACUAUACAAAAGAAGAGAAUAGUACUGCACUGACAAGUAUCAAUGAUAAAGUGGCACGGAUAAUUGAGCAAAAUAAAUUAAAAUAUCCAUCUGAUAAAACAAUUCAACAAAAUCAAAUAUUAAAAAAUCCUGAUUUGCCAGUUACAACUGAUAUACAAAUUAUAAAGAGUGAUCCCACAGUAAUAAUUAACUCCCGCAGGACAAUCAGACGUAUAAUGAUAAUUGAUGGAAAUGAAAUUAAAGUAGAAGAUAUAAUUGAUGAACCUGUGUCUGGUGAAUCGGUGAAGAGUAUUUUGAGAAAAAUAACUAAAGACGGUAAAGAAGAACUUGAAAAUAUUAACGAUCCUGAAGAAAUUGAAAACAUAUUACGGAUGUCUAGAACAAACGAUAACGUACAGAACACAUGUGUAACAAUCACAAAAACACGUAAAACAAUUCUACGUGGUAUAAUCGUUGAUGGAAAAGAGUCCGUCGUUGAAGAAGAGUUUGACGAAACAGAAAACGAAGGAAUAUCAAUCGAGGAUGUAGAAAAAAUAAAAAAUGACACUAUAGAUAUUGAACCUAUAGAAGAUAGUUUUGAGAUAAUUCCAGAAAUAGACUUUGAAGAAAAUGUUCAACCAAUGUCAUUAAACAGUUUUUUGAAUCGCAACCAAACACAGGAUGGCGGAAAAGAAACUGUUGAAAAUAUGGAUUUAAAUAAAUCGUCUAAAGAAAUUGAAAACUCACCAUCUUUCUUGAGUAAAUUUAUGCGCAAAGGUUUUAAAAUAUCAACAUCCAAAAAUAAUAAAAAAUCUAGUGAUAAUAGUAAUAUUGAAAAUCCAGAGAUGGACAGUAAAAUAAAAUCAGGUUUAAAUCUUUUCCUUGAAAAAGAGAGAGAAAACAAUACAUUGCAACAUUCGUACCAAAAAAAUGAGCCGCCAUAUGAUAUAGACACAAACAUCUCAAAUAUAGAUAAACAAUCUACUAACUAUAAUCUGCCUAUUACCAAGGCCAUUGAUAUUUUACAACCCGUUGAUAAUACAGAAGAAAAAAUCGAAAACGCCAACUCUUCCAGUAAACAAAAUAUUGAAAAAACUGUAAUAGUUACUAAAUCAGACCCCAAGGGAUCUGCUGAUAUCGAAUUCGACAUAAAGGAAACGGUUUCCGUACCGAGCGUUGAUAUCAAAACUCCAUCGAUUCCUAAACUGGAGGGUCACGUCCAAGUCAAAGACACCGAUUUACCAUCGGUCAGUGAAGGUGGAGUCAAAACAACAAAUGUUUCAAUCGAAAAUAUUCCUGAUCUAGACAUCGAUGAACGAAAAGUAAUCCAAGAAUCAGAAUAUGUCGACAAAGUAGAAACAAAUCAAUUGGUAAAUCCAAUUACAAAUUCUCCAUCAUUUUUAAGUAAAUUGCGAAAAGGUUUGAAAAUGAGUUCGUCCAAAAAAAUAAAAGACAAGUUUGAUACCGAAAACUUAGUAUCAGACGAUACAACGAAAUCGUUAUUGAACGAUUUUAUUGAAAAAGAACGGGAGAGCACCGUUGUACAUUAUUUACCAACAACUGAUGAUAAUUCUGGAGUCGACACUCUUGGAUCCGAACAAAGUUCAAAAACACCAAUUAAAGAAGGAAAAUCUAUUGCGCCGCUAAAUAAUGACAAACCUGAUGGUACCGAAAUAUUUAAGCCUAUAACAUCUGAAAUGCUGAUCAAUCAAACGGGUACGGUCUCCACGUGGAAAUCACGAAAGGUCGUUAGACGCAUCAUUAUCAUCGAUGGAAAAGAGAUUGAGGUAGAAGAGAUAAUUGACGAGCCUGAACAUGGUGCACCAGUUAAAAGUAUUUUGAGAAAAACAAUCAGGAACGGUGAGGAAGUAAUUGAGAAUAUUAUCGAUCCCGAAGAAAUUGAUAAGAUCUUACGGUUGUCUGUACUCAACGAUACCGUAAAGAAUACAAGUGAAAGUGUAACAACUACAAGAACGCGUAGAAUCAUUAGGCGAAAAAUUAUUGUCGACGGAAAAGAGUCCGUAGUAGAAGAGGAAAUUGACGAACCCGGUACUGACGAAAUAACAGACGGGGUUAUUCUUAAAUCGUUCAAUGACGGACUAGAUGAAGUAGGUCAGUUAGUAACUCUCGAUAAUGUCCAAAAAUCGUUUUCUGUGCAAACAUCUAACAGUGACGUGGUAAAUGAGCCUAAUUUAAUAACAAAAACUAUUACCAGGAGAGUUAUAAGGCGUGUAAUAAUGGUGGAUGGAAAAGAAAAGGUUGUAGAGGAGGUAGUAGACGGACCAGAAAACCUUGGUUUUACUGAAUCAUUACAGAGUGAAAUUAAAAAAGAUGACAAAGAAAGUUACGACAUGACUACAUACCCCCAUGAUACCGGUACAAACAGGAAUUCUGAAUUUAUAAACGAAACUCAAACCGAUAACAUCAUUACGACAAUAACAACACGAAGAAUAAUACGACGAGUAAUUAUUGUCGACGGUAAAGAGACAUUUGUAGAGGAGGAAGUUAAUGAACCUGAUGCAUGUGAUAUUACGGAUAUGAGUCAGAUACAAAAAGAUAACGGGAAAACAGUUGAAAUAUUUGAAAAGCCAUUAGAGUUUGAUGACAUAGAAAAUGAUAAGACCCAAACGGUAACGACUCGUACAAUUAAAAGGAUACGAAAAAUAAUAAAGCGCAUAAAAAUAGUAGACGGAAAAGAAAAAGUGGUAGAGGAAAUUGUAGAUGAACCAGUAGACGAGCACACAAUAGACGAAUUACACGAAUUGAAAGACUCCAGUGAAUUCCCACCAGACAUCGAUGAACGAAAAGUAAUCCAAGAAUCAGAAUAUGUCGACAAAGUAGAAACAAAUCAAUUGGUAAAUCCAAUUACAAAUUCUCCAUCAUUUUUAAGUAAAUUGCGAAAAGGUUUGAAAAUGAGUUCGUCCAAAAAAAUAAAAGACAAGUUUGAUACCGAAAACUUAGUAUCAGACGAUACAACGAAAUCGUUAUUGAACGAUUUUAUUGAAAAAGAACGGGAGAGCACCGUUGUACAUUAUUUACCAACAACUGAUGAUAAUUCUGGAGUCGACACUCUUGGAUCCGAACAAAGUUCAAAAACACCAAUUAAAGAAGGAAAAUCUAUUGCGCCGCUAAAUAAUGACAAACCUGAUGGUACCGAAAUAUUUAAGCCUAUAACAUCUGAAAUGCUGAUCAAUCAAACGGGUACGGUCUCCACGUGGAAAUCACGAAAGGUCGUUAGACGCAUCAUUAUCAUCGAUGGAAAAGAGAUUGAGGUAGAAGAGAUAAUUGACGAGCCUGAACAUGGUGCACCAGUUAAAAGUAUUUUGAGAAAAACAAUCAGGAACGGUGAGGAAGUAAUUGAGAAUAUUAUCGAUCCCGAAGAAAUUGAUAAGAUCUUACGGUUGUCUGUACUCAACGAUACCGUAAAGAAUGCAAGUGAAAGUGUAACAACUACAAGAACGCGUAGAAUCAUUAGGCGAAAAAUUAUUGUCGACGGAAAAGAGUCCGUAGUAGAAGAGGAAAUUGACGAACCCGGUACUGACGAAAUAACAGACGGGGUUAUUCUUAAAUCGUUCAAUGACGGACUACAUGAAGUAGGUCAGUUAGUAACUCUCGAUAUUGUCCAAAAUUCGUUUUCUGUGAAAACAUCUAACAGCGACGUGGUAAAUGAGCCUAAUUUAAUAACAAAAACUAUUACCAGGAGAGUUAUAAAGCGCAUAACAAUAGUAGACGGAAAAGAAAAAGUGGUAGAGGAAAUUGUAGAUGAACCAGUAGACGAGCACACAAUAGACGAAUUACACGAAUUGAAAGACUCCAGUGAAUUCCCACCAGGUAAAACUGCAGAUUUCAAUAUAAAUAUUGAUAGCAAAAAACUGUCUACAUCGGUAACUUCCGAAAUCGAUAAUAAACAUGAUAUUAAACGAACAGACAUACAGGUACCGGACAUCAAAUUUAAAAAAGAUUCGACCAAUAUUGACUAUGACAUAAAAGAGAAUAUAGCUGUUGGAAAAUCGAUUGCUACACCUAGUGUCGAAAUGGAAAUGCCAAAGAAACCUAAGGUUGAAGGAGAAAUAAAAGUAAAAAAAACAGAUUUACCAUCCAUCAAAAUUCCUGAGGUGAAAGCACGAAAACUUGAUGACAUCGAUGAACGAAAAGUAAUCCAAGAAUCAGAAUAUGUCGACAAAGUAGAAACAAAUCAAUUGGUAAAUCCAAUUACAAAUUCUCCAUCAUUUUUAAGUAAAUUGCGAAAAGGUUUGAAAAUGAGUUCGUCCAAAAAAAUAAAAGACAAGUUUGAUACCGAAAACUUAGUAUCAGACGAUACAACGAAAUCGUUAUUGAACGAUUUUAUUGAAAAAGAACGGGAGAGCACCGUUGUACAUUAUUUACCAACAACUGAUGAUAAUUCUGGAGUCGACACUCUUGGAUCCGAACAAAGUUCAAAAACACCAAUUAAAGAAGGAAAAUCUAUUGCGCCGCUAAAUAAUGACAAACCUGAUGGUACCGAAAUAUUUAAGCCUAUAACAUCUGAAAUGCUGAUCAAUCAAACGGGUACGGUCUCCACGUGGAAAUCACGAAAGGUCGUUAGACGCAUCAUUAUCAUCGAUGGAAAAGAGAUUGAGGUAGAAGAGAUAAUUGACGAGCCUGAACAUGGUGCACCAGUUAAAAGUAUUUUGAGAAAAACAAUCAGGAACGGUGAGGAAGUAAUUGAGAAUAUUAUCGAUCCCGAAGAAAUUGAUAAGAUCUUACGGUUGUCUGUACUCAACGAUACCGUAAAGAAUACAAGUGAAAGUGUAACAACUACAAGAACGCGUAGAAUCAUUAGGCGAAAAAUUAUUGUCGACGGAAAAGAGUCCGUAGUAGAAGAGGAAAUUGACGAACCCGGUACUGACGAAAUAACAGACGGGGUUAUUCUUAAAUCGUUCAAUGACGGACUAGAUGAAGUAGGUCAGUUAGUAACUCUCGAUAAUGUCCAAAAAUCGUUUUCUGUGCAAACAUCUAACAGUGACGUGGUAAAUGAGCCUAAUUUAAUAACAAAAACUAUUACCAGGAGAGUUAUAAGGCGUGUAAUAAUGGUGGAUGGAAAAGAAAAGGUUGUAGAGGAGGUAGUAGACGGACCAGAAAACCUUGGUUUUACUGAAUCAUUACAGAGUGAAAUUAAAAAAGAUGACAAAGAAAGUUACGACAUGACUACAUACCCCCAUGAUACCGGUACAAACAGGAAUUCUGAAUUUAUAAACGAAACUCAAACCGAUAACAUCAUUACGACAAUAACAACACGAAGAAUAAUACGACGAGUAAUUAUUGUCGACGGUAAAGAGACAUUUGUAGAGGAGGAAGUUAAUGAACCUGAUGCAUGUGAUAUUACGGAUAUGAGUCAGAUACAAAAAGAUAACGGGAAAACAGUUGAAAUAUUUGAAAAGCCAUUAGAGUUUGAUGACAUAGAAAAUGAUAAGACCCAAACGGUAACGACUCGUACAAUUAAAAGGAUACGAAAAAUAAUAAAGCGCAUAAAAAUAGUAGACGGAAAAGAAAAAGUGGUAGAGGAAAUUGUAGAUGAACCAGUAGACGAGCACACAAUAGACGAAUUACACGAAUUGAAAGACUCCAGUGAAUUCCCACCAGACAUCGAUGAACGAAAAGUAAUCCAAGAAUCAGAAUAUGUCGACAAAGUAGAAACAAAUCAAUUGGUAAAUCCAAUUACAAAUUCUCCAUCAUUUUUAAGUAAAUUGCGAAAAGGUUUGAAAAUGAGUUCGUCCAAAAAAAUAAAAGACAAGUUUGAUACCGAAAACUUAGUAUCAGACGAUACAACGAAAUCGUUAUUGAACGAUUUUAUUGAAAAAGAACGGGAGAGCACCGUUGUACAUUAUUUACCAACAACUGAUGAUAAUUCUGGAGUCGACACUCUUGGAUCCGAACAAAGUUCAAAAACACCAAUUAAAGAAGGAAAAUCUAUUGCGCCGCUAAAUAAUGACAAACCUGAUGGUACCGAAAUAUUUAAGCCUAUAACAUCUGAAAUGCUGAUCAAUCAAACGGGUACGGUCUCCACGUGGAAAUCACGAAAGGUCGUUAGACGCAUCAUUAUCAUCGAUGGAAAAGAGAUUGAGGUAGAAGAGAUAAUUGACGAGCCUGAACAUGGUGCACCAGUUAAAAGUAUUUUGAGAAAAACAAUCAGGAACGGUGAGGAAGUAAUUGAGAAUAUUAUCGAUCCCGAAGAAAUUGAUAAGAUCUUACGGUUGUCUGUACUCAACGAUACCGUAAAGAAUACAAGUGAAAGUGUAACAACUACAAGAACGCGUAGAAUCAUUAGGCGAAAAAUUAUUGUCGACGGAAAAGAGUCCGUAGUAGAAGAGGAAAUUGACGAACCCGGUACUGACGAAAUAACAGACGGGGUUAUUCUUAAAUCGUUCAAUGACGGACUAGAUGAAGUAGGUCAGUUAGUAACUCUCGAUAAUGUCCAAAAAUCGUUUUCUGUGCAAACAUCUAACAGUGACGUGGUAAAUGAGCCUAAUUUAAUAACAAAAACUAUUACCAGGAGAGUUAUAAGGCGUGUAAUAAUGGUGGAUGGAAAAGAAAAGGUUGUAGAGGAGGUAGUAGACGGACCAGAAAACCUUGGUUUUACUGAAUCAUUACAGAGUGAAAUUAAAAAAGAUGACAAAGAAAGUUACGACAUGACUACAUACCCCCAUGAUACCGGUACAAACAGGAAUUCUGAAUUUAUAAACGAAACUCAAACCGAUAACAUCAUUACGACAAUAACAACACGAAGAAUAAUACGACGAGUAAUUAUUGUCGACGGUAAAGAGACAUUUGUAGAGGAGGAAGUUAAUGAACCUGAUGCAUGUGAUAUUACGGAUAUGAGUCAGAUACAAAAAGAUAACGGGAAAACAGUUGAAAUAUUUGAAAAGCCAUUAGAGUUUGAUGACAUAGAAAAUGAUAAGACCCAAACGGUAACGACUCGUACAAUUAAAAGGAUACGAAAAAUAAUAAAGCGCAUAAAAAUAGUAGACGGAAAAGAAAAAGUGGUAGAGGAAAUUGUAGAUGAACCAGUAGACGAGCACACAAUAGACGAAUUACACGAAUUGAAAGACUCCAGUGAAUUCCCACCAGACAUCGAUGAACGAAAAGUAAUCCAAGAAUCAGAAUAUGUCGACAAAGUAGAAACAAAUCAAUUGGUAAAUCCAAUUACAAAUUCUCCAUCAUUUUUAAGUAAAUUGCGAAAAGGUUUGAAAAUGAGUUCGUCCAAAAAAAUAAAAGACAAGUUUGAUACCGAAAACUUAGUAUCAGACGAUACAACGAAAUCGUUAUUGAACGAUUUUAUUGAAAAAGAACGGGAGAGCACCGUUGUACAUUAUUUACCAACAACUGAUGAUAAUUCUGGAGUCGACACUCUUGGAUCCGAACAAAGUUCAAAAACACCAAUUAAAGAAGGAAAAUCUAUUGCGCCGCUAAAUAAUGACAAACCUGAUGGUACCGAAAUAUUUAAGCCUAUAACAUCUGAAAUGCUGAUCAAUCAAACGGGUACGGUCUCCACGUGGAAAUCACGAAAGGUCGUUAGACGCAUCAUUAUCAUCGAUGGAAAAGAGAUUGAGGUAGAAGAGAUAAUUGACGAGCCUGAACAUGGUGCACCAGUUAAAAGUAUUUUGAGAAAAACAAUCAGGAACGGUGAGGAAGUAAUUGAGAAUAUUAUCGAUCCCGAAGAAAUUGAUAAGAUCUUACGGUUGUCUGUACUCAACGAUACCGUAAAGAAUACAAGUGAAAGUGUAACAACUACAAGAACGCGUAGAAUCAUUAGGCGAAAAAUUAUUGUCGACGGAAAAGAGUCCGUAGUAGAAGAGGAAAUUGACGAACCCGGUACUGACGAAAUAACAGACGGGGUUAUUCUUAAAUCGUUCAAUGACGGACUAGAUGAAGUAGGUCAGUUAGUAACUCUCGAUAAUGUCCAAAAAUCGUUUUCUGUGCAAACAUCUAACAGUGACGUGGUAAAUGAGCCUAAUUUAAUAACAAAAACUAUUACCAGGAGAGUUAUAAGGCGUGUAAUAAUGGUGGAUGGAAAAGAAAAGGUUGUAGAGGAGGUAGUAGACGGACCAGAAAACCUUGGUUUUACUGAAUCAUUACAGAGUGAAAUUAAAAAAGAUGACAAAGAAAGUUACGACAUGACUACAUACCCCCAUGAUACCGGUACAAACAGGAAUUCUGAAUUUAUAAACGAAACUCAAACCGAUAACAUCAUUACGACAAUAACAACACGAAGAAUAAUACGACGAGUAAUUAUUGUCGACGGUAAAGAGACAUUUGUAGAGGAGGAAGUUAAUGAACCUGAUGCAUGUGAUAUUACGGAUAUGAGUCAGAUACAAAAAGAUAACGGGAAAACAGUUGAAAUAUUUGAAAAGCCAUUAGAGUUUGAUGACAUAGAAAAUGAUAAGACCCAAACGGUAACGACUCGUACAAUUAAAAGGAUACGAAAAAUAAUAAAGCGCAUAAAAAUAGUAGACGGAAAAGAAAAAGUGGUAGAGGAAAUUGUAGAUGAACCAGUAGACGAGCACACAAUAGACGAAUUACACGAAUUGAAAGACUCCAGUGAAUUCCCACCAGGUAAAACUGCAGAUUUCAAUAUAAAUAUCGAUAGCAAAAAACUGUCUACAUCGGUAACUUCCGAAAUCGAUAAUAAACAUGAUAUUAAACGAACAGACAUACAGGUACCGGACAUCAAAUUUAAAAAAGAUUCGACCAAUAUUGACUAUGACAUAAAAGAGAAUAUAGCUGUUGGAAAAUCGAUUGCUACACCUAGUGUCGAAAUGGAAAUGCCAAAGAAACCUAAGGUUGAAGGAGAAAUAAAAGUAAAAAAAACAGAUUUACCAUCCAUCAAAAUUCCUGAGGUGAAAGCACGAAAACUUGAUGACAUCGAUGAACGAAAAGUAAUCCAAGAAUCAGAAUAUGUCGACAAAGUAGAAACAAAUCAAUUGGUAAAUCCAAUUACAAAUUCUCCAUCAUUUUUAAGUAAAUUGCGAAAAGGUUUGAAAAUGAGUUCGUCCAAAAAAAUAAAAGACAAGUUUGAUACCGAAAACUUAGUAUCAGACGAUACAACGAAAUCGUUAUUGAACGAUUUUAUUGAAAAAGAACGGGAGAGCACCGUUGUACAUUAUUUACCAACAACUGAUGAUAAUUCUGGAGUCGACACUCUUGGAUCCGAACAAAGUUCAAAAACACCAAUUAAAGAAGGAAAAUCUAUUGCGCCGCUAAAUAAUGACAAACCUGAUGGUACCGAAAUAUUUAAGCCUAUAACAUCUGAAAUGCUGAUCAAUCAAACGGGUACGGUCUCCACGUGGAAAUCACGAAAGGUCGUUAGACGCAUCAUUAUCAUCGAUGGAAAAGAGAUUGAGGUAGAAGAGAUAAUUGACGAGCCUGAACAUGGUGCACCAGUUAAAAGUAUUUUGAGAAAAACAAUCAGGAACGGUGAGGAAGUAAUUGAGAAUAUUAUCGAUCCCGAAGAAAUUGAUAAGAUCUUACGGUUGUCUGUACUCAACGAUACCGUAAAGAAUACAAGUGAAAGUGUAACAACUACAAGAACGCGUAGAAUCAUUAGGCGAAAAAUUAUUGUCGACGGAAAAGAGUCCGUAGUAGAAGAGGAAAUUGACGAACCCGGUACUGACGAAAUAACAGACGGGGUUAUUCUUAAAUCGUUCAAUGACGGACUAGAUGAAGUAGGUCAGUUAGUAACUCUCGAUAAUGUCCAAAAAUCGUUUUCUGUGCAAACAUCUAACAGUGACGUGGUAAAUGAGCCUAAUUUAAUAACAAAAACUAUUACCAGGAGAGUUAUAAGGCGUGUAAUAAUGGUGGAUGGAAAAGAAAAGGUUGUAGAGGAGGUAGUAGACGGACCAGAAAACCUUGGUUUUACUGAAUCAUUACAGAGUGAAAUUAAAAAAGAUGACAAAGAAAGUUACGACAUGACUACAUACCCCCAUGAUACCGGUACAAACAGGAAUUCUGAAUUUAUAAACGAAACUCAAACCGAUAACAUCAUUACGACAAUAACAACACGAAGAAUAAUACGACGAGUAAUUAUUGUCGACGGUAAAGAGACAUUUGUAGAGGAGGAAGUUAAUGAACCUGAUGCAUGUGAUAUUACGGAUAUGAGUCAGAUACAAAAAGAUAACGGGAAAACAGUUGAAAUAUUUGAAAAGCCAUUAGAGUUUGAUGACAUAGAAAAUGAUAAGACCCAAACGGUAACGACUCGUACAAUUAAAAGGAUACGAAAAAUAAUAAAGCGCAUAAAAAUAGUAGACGGAAAAGAAAAAGUGGUAGAGGAAAUUGUAGAUGAACCAGUAGACGAGCACACAAUAGACGAAUUACACGAAUUGAAAGACUCCAGUGAAUUCCCACCAGGUAAAACUGCAGAUUUCAAUAUAAAUAUCGAUAGCAAAAAACUGUCUACAUCGGUAACUUCCGAAAUCGAUAAUAAACAUGAUAUUAAACGAACAGACAUACAGGUACCGGACAUCAAAUUUAAAAAAGAUUCGACCAAUAUUGACUAUGACAUAAAAGAGAAUAUAGCUGUUGGAAAAUCGAUUGCUACACCUAGUGUCGAAAUGGAAAUGCCAAAGAAACCUAAGGUUGAAGGAGAAAUAAAAGUAAAAAAAACAGAUUUACCAUCCAUCAAAAUUCCUGAGGUGAAAGCACGAAAACUUGAUGGUGAAAAAGCUAAGUCGGGAAUUAAAAAACCAGAAAUUCCUAAACUUGGCAUAACAACAGACAUCAAAACUCCAGAAUCAAAGAUUAAAAAAGGAAAAGCACCCAAGGGAUCUGCUGAUAUUGAAUUCGACAUAAAGGAAACGGUUUCCGUACCGAGCGUUGAUAUCAAAACUCCAUCGAUUCCUAAACUGGAGGGUCACGUCCAAGUCAAAGACACCGAUUUACCAUCUGUAAGUGUACCUGAGGUUAAAACACCUAAGCUUGAUGUUAAAAUUCCAAAAACUGAUGUCAAGACAACAAAAUUCGAUUUGUCAGAUAUUAAAAUACCAGGAUUUAAAAGUAAAAAAGAUAAAAAAUCAAAACAAACUCCGGAUUUCGAAGGCAAAGUCAAAGAUACGAUUUCUGUUGACAUUCCAUCUGUAUCUAUACCUAGUGUUGAUAUCGAAAUGCCAUCGAAACCUAAAGUUGAAGUAGAAAUAAAAGGCAAGGACAUAGAUUUACCAGCAAUCAAUGUUCCGGAGUUGAAAACUCCAAAACUUGAUGUAGAAAAAACUAACACAGGAAUUGCAACACCGGAAAUUAGUAAAUUUAGCAAAACAAUAGACAUCAAAACUCCAGAAUUAAAGAUUAAAAAAGGAAAGUCACCCAAGGGAUCUGCUGAUAUUGAAUUCGACAUACAGGAAACGGUUUCCGUACCGAGCGUUGAUAUCAAAACUCCAUCGAUUCCUAAACUGGAGGGUCACGUCCAAGUCAAAGACACCGAUUUACCAUCUGUAAGUGUACCUGAGGUUAAAACACCUAAGCUCGAUGUUAAAAUUCCAAAAACUGAUGUCAAGACAACAAAAUUCGAUUUGUCAGAUAUUAAAAUACCAGGAUUUAAAAGUAAAAAAGAUAAAAAAUCAAAACAAACUCCGGAUUUCGAAGGCAAAGUCAAAGAUACGAUUUCUGUUGACAUUCCAUCUGUAUCUAUACCUAGUGUUGAUAUCGAAACGCCAUCGAAACCUAAAGUUGAAGUAGAAAUAAAAGGCAAGGACAUAGAUUUACCAGCAAUCAAUGUUCCGGAGUUGAAAACUCCAAAACUUGAUGUAGAAAAAACUAACGCAGGAAUUGCAACACCGGAAAUUAGUAAAUUUAGCAAAACAAUAGACAUCAAAACUCCAGAAUUAAAGAUUAAAAAAGGAAAAGCACCCAAGGGAUCUGCUGAUAUCGAAUUCGACAUAAAGGAAACGGUUUCCGUACCGAGCGUUGAUAUCAAAACUCCAUCGAUUCCUAAACUGGAGGGUCACGUCCAAGUCAAAGACACCGAUUUACCAUCGGUCACUGUCACAGACUUGAAAGCACCAAAACUUGAUGUUGAAAAACUUAACACAGGAAUUUCAACACCAGAAAUUCCUAAAUUUGGCAUAACAACAGACAUGAAAACUCCCGAGCUAAAGAUUAAAAAAGGAAAAGCACCCAAGGGGUCUGCUGACAUCGAAUUCGACCUUAAGGAAACGGUUUCCGUACCGACUGUUGAUAUCAAAAUUCCAUCAAUUCCCAAACUGGAGGGUCAAAUCCAAGUCAAAGACACUGAUUUACCAUCUAUCACUGUACCAGACUUUAAAGCACCGAAACUUGAUGUUGAAAAAACUCCCGCAGUAAUUUCAACACCAGAAAUUCCUAAAUUUGGCAAAACAACAGACAUCAAAAUUCCCGAGCUAAAGAUUAAAAAAGGAAAAGCACCCAAGGGAUCGGCUGAUAUCGAAUUCGACAUAAAGGAAACGGUUUCCGUACCGAGCGUUGAUAUCAAAACUCCAUCGAUUCCUAAACUGGAGGGUCACGUCCAAGUCAAAGACACCGAUUUACCAUCUGUAAUUGUACCUGAGGUUAAAACACCUAAGCUUGAUGUUAAAAUUCCAAAAACUGAUGACAAGACAACAAAAUUCGAUUUGUCAGAUAUUAAAAUACCCGGAUUUAAAAGUAAAAAAGAUAAAAAAUCAAAACAAACUCCGGAUUUCGAUGUCAAAGUCGAAGAUAAGAUUUCUGUUGACAUUCCAUCUGUAUCCAUACCAAGUGUUGAUAUCGAAAUGCCAUCGAAACCUAAAAGUGAAGUAGAAAUAAAAGGCAAGGACAUAGAUUUACCAUCCAUCAAAAUUCCUGAGGUGAAAGCACGAAAACUUGAUGGUGAAAAAGCUAAGUCGGGAAUUAAAAAACCAGAAAUUCCUAAACUUGGCAUAACAACAGACAUCAAAACUCCAGGAUUAAAGAUUAAAAAAGGAAAAUCACCCAAGGGAUCUGCUGACAUCGAAUUCGACAUAAAAGAAACGGUUACCGUACCGAGUGUUGAUAUCAAAACUCCAUCGAUUCCUAAACUGGAGGGUCACGUCCAAGUCAAAGACACCGAUAUACCAUCUGUAAGUGUACCUGAGGUUAAAACACCAAAGCUUGAUGUUGAAAAACCUACCGCAGUAAUUUCAACACCAGAAAUUCCUAAAUUUGGCAUAACAACAGACAUGAAAACUCCCGAGCUAAAGAUUAAAAAAGGAAAAGCACCCAAGGGGUCUGCUGACAUUGAAUUCGACAUAAAGGAAACGGUUUCCGUACCGACUGUUGAUAUCAAAAUUCCAUCAAUUCCCAAACUGGAGGGUCAUAUCCAAGUCAAAGACACUGAUUUACGAUCUGUCACUGUACCAGCCUUGAAAGCACUGAAACUUGAUGUUGAAAAACCUAACGCAGGAAUUUCAACACCAGAAAUUCCUAAAUUUGGCAUAACAACAGACAUCAAAACUCCAGAAUUAAAGUUUAAAAAAGGAAAAGCACCCCAAGGAUCUGCUGACUUCGAAUUCGACAUAAAGGAAACGGUUUCCGUACCGACUGUUGAUUUCAAAACUCCAUCGAUUCCAAAAUUAGAGGGUCACGUCCAAGUCAAAGACACCGAUUUACCAUCUGUAAGUGUACCUGAGGUUAAAACACCUAAGCUUGAUGUUAAAAUUCCAAAAACUGAUGUCAAGACAACAAAGUUCGAUUUGUCAGAUAUUAAAAUUCCAGGAUUUAAAAGUACAAAAGAUAAAAAAUCAAUACAAACUCCGGAUUUCGAUAUCAAAGUCGAAGAUAAGAAUUCUGUUGACAUUCCGUCAGUCUCUGUACCAACUGACCCAUUUGACCCAAAAACAUCGUCAAUACCAUUUAUUGAAGCAGUUCUACAAAUCAAAGAGAACGAAUUACUUAACGCCGAUGAACAAGGCAUGAAGUUAUCAUCAAACAAUGUAAAAGUUCCAGCAGCAGAGCUUAAUAAGAAAAAUGUAUCUGACAUGGAAAUUAAAACACCAGAAAUUCCAAAAUUAGGCGUUACAUCAGACAUCAAAACUCCCGUGUUAAAGAUUAAAAAAGCAAAAUCACCCGAGAAAUCUCCUGAUGUAAAAUUCAACAGCAACAAAAAGGUUUCCGUUGAAAUUCCGUCGGAUCCCAUAUCUAUUGAAACCUUAGAAUCAAACGAUUCAAAGAAAUCGUUAUUGAACGAUUUUAUUGAAAAAGAACGGGAGAGCACCGUUGUACAUUAUUUACCAACAACUGAUGAUAAUUCUGGAAUCGACACUCUUGGAUCCGAACAGAGUUCAAAAACACCAAUUAAAGAAGGAAAAUCUAUUGCGCCGCUAAAUAAUGACAAACCUGAUGGUACCGAAAUAUUUAAGCCUAUAACAUCUGAAAUGCUGAUCAAUCAAACGGGUACGGUCUCCACGUGGAAAUCACGAAAGGUCGUUAGACGCAUCAUUAUCAUCGAUGGAAAAGAGAUUGAGGUAGAAGAGAUAAUUGACGAGCCUGAACAUGGUGCACCAGUUAAAAGUAUUUUGAGAAAAACAAUCAGGAACGGUGAGGAAGUAAUUGAGAAUAUUAUCGAUCCCGAAGAAAUUGAUAAGAUCUUACGGUUGUCUGUACUCAACGAUACCGUAAAGAAUACAAGUGAAAGUGUAACAACUACAAGAACGCGUAGAAUCAUUAGGCGAAAAAUUAUUGUCGACGGAAAAGAGUCCGUAGUAGAAGAGGAAAUUGACGAACCCGGUACUGACGAAAUAACAGACGGGGUUAUUCUUAAAUCGUUCAAUGACGGACUAGAUGAAGUAGGUCAGUUAGUAACUCUCGAUAAUGUCCAAAAAUCGUUUUCUAUGCAAACAUCUAACAGCGACGUGGUAAAUGAGCCUAAUUUAAUAACAAAAACUAUUACCAGGAGAGUUAUAAGGCGUGUAAUAAUGGUGGAUGGAAAAGAAAAGGUUGUAGAGGAGGUAGUAGACGGACCAGAAAACCUUGGUUUUACUGAAUCAUUACAGAGUGAAAUUAAAAAAGAUGACAAAGAAAGUUACGACAUGACUACAUACCCCCAUGAUACCAGUACAAACAGGAAUUCUGAAUUUAUAAACGAAACUCAAACCGAUAACAUCAUUACGACAAUAACAACACGAAGAAUAAUACGACGAGUAAUUAUUGUCGACGGUAAAGAGACAUUUGUAGAGGAGGAAGUUAAUGAACCUGAUGCAUGUGAUAUUACGGAUAUGAGUCAGAUACAAAAAGAUAACGGGAAAACAGUUGAAAUAUUUGAAAAGCCAUUAGAGUUUGAUGACAUAGAAAAUGAUAAGACCCAAACGGUAACGACUCGUACAAUUAAAAGGAUACGAAAAAUAAUAAAGCGCAUAAAAAUAGUAGACGGAAAAGAAAAAGUGGUAGAGGAAAUUGUAGAUGAACCAGUAGACGAGCACACAAUAGACGAAUUACACGAAUUGAAAGACUCCAGUGAAUUCCCACCAGGUAAAACUGCAGAUUUCAAUAUAAAUAUCGAUAGCAAAAAACUGUCUACAUCGGUAACUUCCGAAAUCGAUAAUAAACAUGAUAUUAAACGAACAGACAUACAGGUACCGGACAUCAAAUUUAAAAAAGAUUCGACCAAUAUUGACUAUGACAUAAAAGAGAAUAUAGCUGUUGGAAAAUCGAUUGCAACACCUAGUGUCGAAAUGGAAAUGCCAAAGAUACCUAAGGUUGAAGGAGAAAUAAAAGUCAAAAAAACAGAUUUACCAUCCAUCAAAAUUCCUGAGGUGAAAGCACGAAAACUUGAUGGUGAAAAAGCUAAGUCAGGAAUUAAAAAACCAGAAAUUCCUAAACUUGGAAUAACAACAGACAUCAAAACUCCAGAAUCAAAGAUUAAAAAAGGAAAGUCACCCAAGGGAUCUGCUGAUAUCGAAUUCGACAUAAAGGAAACGGUUUCCGUACCGAGCGUUGAUAUCAAAACUCCAUCGAUUCCUAAACUGGAGAGUCACGUCCAAGUCAAAGACACCGAUUUACCAUCUGUAAGUGUACCUGAGGUCAAAACACCUAAGCUUGAUGUUAAAAUUCCAAAAACUGAUGUCAAGACAACAAAAUUCGAUUUGUCAGAUAUUAAAAUACCAGGAUUUAAAAGUAAAAAAGAUAAAAAAUCAAAACAAACUCCGGAUUUCGAAGGCAAAGUCAAUGAUACGAUUUCUGUUGACAUUCCAUCUGUAUCUAUACCUAGUGUUGAUAUCGAAAUGCCAUCGAAACCUAAAGUUGAAGUAGAAAUAAAAGGCAAGGACAUAGAUUUACCAGCAAUCAAUGUUCCGGAGUUGAAAACUCCAAAACUUGAUGUAGAAAAAACUAACGCAGGAAUUGCAACACCGGAAAUUAGUAAAUUUAGCAAAACAAUAGACAUCAAAACUCCAGAAUUAAAGAUUAAAAAAGGAAAAGCACCCAAGGGAUCUGCUGAUAUCGAAUUCGACAUAAAAGAAACGGUUUCCGUACCGAGCGUUGAUAUCAAAACUCCAUCAAUUCCUAAACUGGAGGGUCAUGUCCGAGUCAAACACACUGAUUUACCAUCUGUCACUGUCCCAGACUUGAAAGCACCAAAACUUGAUGUUGAAAAACUUAACACAGGAAUUUCAACACCAGAAAUUCCUAAAUUUGGCAUAACAACAGACAUGAAAACUCCCGAGCUAAAGAUUAAAAAAGGAAAAGCACCCAAGGGGUCUGCUGACAUCGAAUUCGACCUUAAGGAAACGGUUUCCGUACCGAGCGUUGAUAUCAAAACUCCAUCGAUUCCUAAACUGGAGGGUCACGUCCAAGUCAAACACACUGAUUUACCAUCUGUCACUGUCCCAGACUUGAAAGCACCAAAACUUGAUGUUGAAAAACUUAACACAGGAAUUUCAACACCAGAAAUUCCUAAAUUUGGCAUAACAACAGACAUGAAAACUCCCGAGCUAAAGAUUAAAAAAGGAAAAGCACCCAAGGGGUCUGCUGACAUCGAAUUCGACCUUAAGGAAACGGUUUCCGUGCCGACUGUUGAUAUCAAAAUUCCAUCAAUUCCCAAACUGGAGGGUCAAAUCCAAGUCAAAGACACUGAUUCACCAUCUAUCACUGUACCAGACUUUAAAGCACCAAAACUUGAUGUAGAAAAAACUAACGCAGGAAUUGCAACACCGGAAAUAAGUAAAUUUAGCAAAACAAUAGACAUCAAAACUCCAGAAUUAAAGAUUAAAAAAGGAAAAGCACCAAAGGGAUCUGCUGAUAUCGAAUUCGACAUAAAAGAAACGGUUUCCGUACCGAGCGUUGAUAUCAAAACUCCAUCGAUUCCUGAACUGGAGGGUCACGUCCAAGUCAAAGACACCGAUUUACCAUCUGUAAGUGUACCUGAGGUCAAAACACCUAAGCUUGAUGUUAAAAUUCCAAAAACUGAUGUCAAGACAACAAAAUUCGAUUUGUCAGAUAUUAAAAUACCAGGAUUUAAAAGUAAAAAAGAUAAAAAAUCAAAACAAACUCCGGAUUUCGAAGGCAAAGUCAAUGAUACGAUUUCUGUUGACAUUCCAUCUGUAUCUAUACCUAGUGUUGAUAUCGAAAUGCCAUCGAAACCUAAAGUUGAAGUAGAAAUAAAAGGCAAGGACAUAGAUUUACCAGCAAUCAAUGUUCCGGAGUUGAAAACUCCAAAACUUGAUGUAGAAAAAACUAACGCAGGAAUUGCAACACCGGAAAUUAGUAAAUUUAGCAAAACAAUAGACAUCAAAACUCCAGAAUUAAAGAUUAAAAAAGGAAAAGCACCCAAGGGAUCUGCUGAUAUCGAAUUCGACAUAAAAGAAACGGUUUCCGUACCGAGCGUUGAUAUCAAAACUCCAUCAAUUCCUAAACUGGAGGGUCACGUCCAAGUCAAAGACACUGAUUUACCAUCUGUCACUGUCCCAGACUUGAAAGCACCAAAACUUGAUGUUGAAAAACUUAACACAGGAAUUUCAACACCAGAAAUUCCUAAAUUUGGCAUAACAACAGACAUGAAAACUCCCGAGCUAAAGAUUAAAAAAGGAAAAGCACCCAAGGGGUCUGCUGACAUCGAAUUCGACCUUAAGGAAACGGUUUCCGUGCCGACUGUUGAUAUCAAAAUUCCAUCAAUUCCCAAACUAGAGGGUCAAAUCCAAGUCAAAGACACUGAUUUACCAUCUAUCACUGUACCAGACUUUAAAGCACCAAAACUUGAUGUAGAAAAAACUAACGCAGGAAUUGCAACACCGGAAAUUAGUAAAUUUAGCAAAACAAUAGACAUCAAAACUCCAGAAUUAAAGGUUAAAAAAGGAAAAGCACCCAAGGGAUCUGCUGAUAUCGAAUUCGACAUAAAGGAAACGGUUUCCGUACCGAGCGUUGAUAUCAAAACUCCAUCGAUUCCUAAACUGGAGGGUCACGUCCAAGUCAAAGACACCGAUUUACCAUCUGUAAGUGUACCUGAGGUUAAAACACCUAAGCUUGACGUUAAAAUUCCAAAAACUGAUGUCAAGACAACAAAAUUCGAUUUGUCAGAUAUUAAAAUACCAGGAUUUAAAAGUAAAAAAGAUAAAAAAUCAAAACAAACUCCGGAUUUCGAUGUCAAAGUCGAAGAAAAGAUUUCUGUUGACAUUCCAUCUGUAUCUACACCUAGUGUUGAUAUCGAAAUGCCAUCGAAGCCUAAAGUUGAAGUAGAAAUAAAAGGCAAGGACAUAGAUUUACCAGCAAUCAAUGUUCCGGAGUUGAAAACUCCAAAACUUGAUGUAGAAAAAACUAACGCAGGGAUUGCAACACCGGAAAUUAGUAAAUUUAGCAAAACAAUAGACAUCAAAACUCCAGAAUUAAAGAUUAAAAAAGGAAAAGCACCAAAGGGAUCUGCUGAUAUCGAAUUCGACAUAAAAGAAACGGUUUCCGUACCGAGCGUUGAUAUCAAAACUCCAUCGAUUGCUAAACUGGAGGGUCACGUCCAAGUCAAAGACACCGAUUUACCAUCUGUAAGUGUACCUGAGGUUAAAACACCUAAGCUUGAUGUUAAAAUUCCAAAAACUGAUGUCAAGACAACAAAAUUCGAUUUGUCAGAUAUUAAAAUACCAGGAUUUAAAAGUAAAAAAGAUAAAAAAUCAAAACAAACUCCGGAUUUCGAUGUCAAAGUCGAAGAUAAGAUUUCUGUUGACAUUCCAGCUGUAUCUAUACCUAGUGUUGAUAUCGAAAUGUCAUCGAAACCUAAAGUUGAAGUAGAUAUAAAAGUCAAGGACAUAGAUUUACCAGCAAUCAAUGUUCCGGAGUUGAAAACUCCAAAACUUGAUGUAGAAAAAACUAACGCAGGAAUUGCAACACCGGAAAUUAGUAAAUUUAGCAAAACAAUAGACAUCAAAACUCCAGAAUUAAAGAUUAAAAAAGGAAAAGCACCCAAGGGAUCUGCUGAUAUCGAAUUCGACAUAAAAGAAACGGUUUCCGUACCGAGCGUUGAUAUCAAAACUCCAUCAAUUCCUAAACUGGAGGGUCACGUCCAAGUCAAACACACUGAUUUACCAUCUGUCACAGUCCCAGACUUGAAAGCACCAAAACUUGAUGUUGAAAAACUUAACACAGGAAUUUCAACACCAGAAAUUCCUAAAUUUGGCAUAACAACAGACAUGAAAACUCCCGAGCUAAAGAUUAAAAAAGGAAAAGCACCCAAGGGGUCUGCUGACAUCGAAUUCGACCUUAAGGAAACGGUUUCCGUACCGAGCGUUGAUAUCAAAACUCCAUCGAUUCCUAAACUGGAGGGUCACGUCCAAGUCAAAGACACCGAUUUACCAUCUGUAAGUGUACCUGAGGUUAAAACACCUAAGCUUGACGUUAAAAUUCCAAAAACUGAUGUCAAGACAACAAAAUUCGAUUUGUCAGAUAUUAAAAUACCAGGAUUUAAAAGUAAAAAAGAUAAAAAAUCAAAACAAACUCCGGAUUUCGAUGUCAAAGUCGAAGAAAAGAUUUCUGUUGACAUUCCAUCUGUAUCUACACCUAGUGUUGAUAUCGAAAUGCCAUCGAAGCCUAAAGUUGAAGUAGAAAUAAAAGGCAAGGACAUAGAUUUACCAGCAAUCAAUGUUCCGGAGUUGAAAACUCCAAAACUUGAUGUAGAAAAAACUAACGCAGGGAUUGCAACACCGGAAAUUAGUAAAUUUAGCAAAACAAUAGACAUCAAAACUCCAGAAUUAAAGAUUAAAAAAGGAAAAGCACCCAAGGGAUCUGCUGAUAUCGAAUUCGACAUAAAAGAAACGGUUUCCGUACCGAGCGUUGAUAUCAAAACUCCAUCAAUUCCUAAACUGGAGGGUCACGUCCAAGUCAAAGACACCGAUAUACCAUCUGUAAGUGUACCUGAGGUUAAAACACCAAAGCUUGAUGUUGAAAAACCUACCGCAGUAAUUUCAACACAAGAAAUUCCUAAAUUUGGCAUAACAACAGACAUGAAAACUCCCGAGCUAAAGAUUAAAAAAGGAAAAGCACCCAAGGGGUCUGCUGACAUUGAAUUCGACAUAAAGGAAACGGUUUCCGUACCGACUGUUGAUAUCAAAAUUCCAUCAAUUCCCAAACUGGAGGGUCAUAUCCAAGUCAAAGACACUGAUUUACGAUCUGUCACUGUACCAGACUUGAAAGCACUGAAACUUGAUGUUGAAAAACCUAACGCAGGAAUUUCAACACCAGAAAUUCCUAAAUUUGGCAUAACAACAGACUUCAAAACUCUAGAAUUAAAGUUUAAAAAAGGAAAAGCACCCAAAGGAUCUGCUGACAUCGAAUUCGACAUAAAGGAAACGGUUUCCGUACCGACUGUUGAUUUCAAAACUCCAUCGAUUCCAAAAUUAGAGGGUCACGUCCAAGUCAAAGACACCGAUUUACCAUCUGUAAGUGUACCUGAGGUUAAAACACCUAAGCUUGAUGUUAAAAUUCCAAAAACUGAUGUCAAGACAACAAAGUUCGAUUUGUCAGAUAUUAAAAUUCCAGGAUUUAAAAGUAGAAAAGAUAAAAAAUCAAUACAAACUCCGGAUUUCGAUAUCAAAGUCGAAGAUAAGAAUUCUGUUGACAUUCCGUCAGUCUCUGUACCAACUGACCCAUUUGACCCAAAAACAUCGUCAAUACCAUUUAUUGAAGCAGUUCUACAAAUCAAGGAGAACGAAUUACUUAACGCCGAUGAACAAGGCAUGAAGUUAUCAUCAAACAAUGUAAAAGUUCCAGCAGCAGAGCUUAAUAAGAAAAAUGUAUCUGACAUGGAAAUUAAAACACCAGAAAUUCCAAAAUUAGGCGUUACAUCAGACAUCAAAACUCCCGUGUUAAAGAUUAAAAAAGCAAAAUCACCCGAGAAAUCUCCUGAUGUAAAAUUCAACAGCAACAAAAAGGUUUCCGUUGAAAUUCCGUCGGAUCCCAUAUCUAUUGAAACCUUAGAAUCAAACGAUUCAAAGAAAUCGUUAUUGAACGAUUUUAUUGAAAAAGAACGGGAGAGCACCGUUGUACAUUAUUUACCAACAACUGAUGAUAAUUCUGGAAUCGACACUCUUGGAUCCGAACAGAGUUCAAAAACACCAAUUAAAGAAGGAAAAUCUAUUGCGCCGCUAAAUAAUGACAAACCUGAUGGUACCGAAAUAUUUAAGCCUAUAACAUCUGAAAUGCUGAUCAAUCAAACGGGUACGGUCUCCACGUGGAAAUCACGAAAGGUCGUUAGACGCAUCAUUAUCAUCGAUGGAAAAGAGAUUGAGGUAGAAGAGAUAAUUGACGAGCCUGAACAUGGUGCACCAGUUAAAAGUAUUUUGAGAAAAACAAUCAGGAACGGUGAGGAAGUAAUUGAGAAUAUUAUCGAUCCCGAAGAAAUUGAUAAGAUCUUACGGUUGUCUGUACUCAACGAUACCGUAAAGAAUACAAGUGAAAGUGUAACAACUACAAGAACGCGUAGAAUCAUUAGGCGAAAAAUUAUUGUCGACGGAAAAGAGUCCGUAGUAGAAGAGGAAAUUGACGAACCCGGUACUGACGAAAUAACAGACGGGGUUAUUCUUAAAUCGUUCAAUGACGGACUAGAUGAAGUAGGUCAGAGAGUUAUAAGGCGUGUAAUAAUGGUGGAUGGAAAAGAAAAGGUUGUAGAGGAGGUAGUAGACGGACCAGAAAACCUUGGUUUUACUGAAUCAUUACAGAGUGAAAUUAAAAAAGAUGACAAAGAAAGUUACGACAUGACUACAUACCCCCAUGAUACCAGUACAAACAGGAAUUCUGAAUUUAUAAACGAAACUCAAACCGAUAACAUCAUUACGACAAUAACAACACGAAGAAUAAUACGACGAGUAAUUAUUGUCGACGGUAAAGAGACAUUUGUAGAGGAGGAAGUUAAUGAACCUGAUGCAUGUGAUAUUACGGAUAUGAGUCAGAUACAAAAAGAUAACGGGAAAACAGUUGAAAUAUUUGAAAAGCCAUUAGAGUUUGAUGACAUAGAAAAUGAUAAGACCCAAACGGUAACGACUCGUACAAUUAAAAGGAUACGAAAAAUAAUAAAGCGCAUAAAAAUAGUAGACGGAAAAGAAAAAGUGGUAGAGGAAAUUGUAGAUGAACCAGUAGACGAGCACACAAUAGACGAAUUACACGAAUUGAAAGACUCCAGUGAAUUCCCACCAGGUAAAACUGCAGAUUUCAAUAUAAAUAUCGAUAGCAAAAAACUGUCUACAUCGGUAACUUCCGAAAUCGAUAAUAAACAUGAUAUUAAACGAACAGACAUACAGGUACCGGACAUCAAAUUUAAAAAAGAUUCGACCAAUAUUGACUAUGACAUAAAAGAGAAUAUAGCUGUUGGAAAAUCGAUUGCAACACCUAGUGUCGAAAUGGAAAUGCCAAAGAAACCUAAGGUUGAAGGAGAAAUAAAAGUCAAAAAAACAGAUUUACCAUCCAUCAAAAUUCCUGAGGUGAAAGCACGAAAACUUGAUGGUGAAAAAGCUAAGUCGGGAAUUAAAAAACCAGAAAUUCCUAAACUUGGCAUAACAACAGACAUCAAAACUCCAGAAUCAAAGAUUAAAAAAGGAAAAGCACCCAAGGGAUCUGCUGAUAUUGAAUUCGACAUAAAGGAAACGGUUUCCGUACCGAGCGUUGAUAUCAAAACUCCAUCGAUUCCUAAACUGGAGGGUCACGUCCAAGUCAAAGACACCGAUUUACCAUCUGUAAGUGUACCUGAGGUUAAAACACCUAAGCUUGAUGUUAAAAUUCCAAGAACUGAUGUCAAGACAACAAAAUUCGAUUUGUCAGAUAUUAAAAUACCAGGAUUUAAAAGUAAAAAAGAUAAAAAAUCAAAACAAACUCCGGAUUUCGAAGGCAAAGUCAAAGAUACGAUUUCUGUUGACAUUCCAUCUUUAUCUAUACCUAGUGUUGAUAUCGAAAUGCCAUCGAAACCUAAAGUUGAAGUAGAAAUAAAAGGCAAGGACAUAGAUUUACCAUCCAUCAAAAUUCCUGAGGUGAAAGCACGAAAACUUGAUGGUGAAAAAGCUAAGUCGGGAAUUAAAAAACCAGAAAUUCCUAAACUUGGCAUAACAACAGACAUCAAAACUCCAGAAUCAAAGAUUAAAAAAGGAAAGUCACCCAAGGGAUCUGCUGAUAUCGAAUUCGACAUAAAGGAAACGGUUUCCGUACCGAGCGUUGAUAUCAAAACUCCAUCGAUUCCUAAACUGGAGGGUCACGUCCAAGUCAAAGACACCGAUUUACCAUCUGUAAGUGUACCUGAGGUUAAAACACCAAAGCUUGAUGUUGAAAAACCUACCGCAGUAAUUUCAACACCAGAAAUUCCUAAAUUUGGCAUAACAACAGACAUCAAAAUACCCGAGCUAAAGAUUAAAAAAGGAAAAGCACCCAAGGGGUCUGCUGACAUUGAAUUCGACAUAAAGGAAACGGUUUCCGUACCGACUGUUGAUAUCAAAAUUUCAUCAAUUCCCAAACUGGAGGGUCAUAUCCAAGUCAAAGACACUGAUUUACGAUCUGUCACUGUACCAGACUUGAAAGCACUGAAACUUGAUGUUGAAAAACCUCCCUCAGUAAUUUCAAUACCAGAAAUUCCUAAAUUUGGCAUAACAACAGACAUCAAAACUCCAGAAUUAAAGAUUAAAAAAGGAAAAGCACCCAAAGGAUCUGCUGAUAUCGAAUUCGACAUAAAGGAAACGGUUUCCGUACCGACUGUUGAUUUCAAAACUCCAUCGAUUCCAAAAUUAGAGGGUCACGUCCAAGUCAAAGACACUGAUUUACCAUCUGUAAGUGUACCUGAGGUUAAAACACCUAAGCUUGAUGUUACAAUUCCAAAAACUGAUGUCAAGACAACAAAAUUCGAUUUGUCAAAUAUUAAAAUACCAGGAUUUAAAAGUAAAAAAGAAAAAAAAUCAAAACAAACUCCAUAUUUCGAUGUCAAAGUCGAAGAUAAGAUUUCUGUUGACAUUCCAUCUGUAUCUAUACCUAGUGUUGAUAUCGAAAUGCCAUCGAAACCUAAAGUUGAAGUAGAUAUAAAAGGCAAGGACAUAGAUUUACCAGCAAUCAAUGUUCCGGAGUUGAAAACUCCAAAACUUGAUGUAGAAAAAACUAACGCAGGAAUUGCAACACCGGAAAUUAGUAAAUUUAGCAAAACAAUAGACAUCAAAACUCCAGAAUUAAAGAUUAAAAAAGGAAAAGCACCCAAGGGAUCUGCUGAUAUCGAAUUCGACAUAAAGGAAACGGUUUCCGUACCGAGCGUUGAUAUCAAAACUCCAUCAAUUUCUAAACUGGAGGGUCACGUCCAAGUCAAAGACACUGAUUUACCAUCUGUCACUGUCCCAGACUUGAAAGCACCAAAACUUGAUGUUGAAAAACCUAACGCAGGAAUUUCAACACCAGAAAUUCCUAAAUUUGGCAUAACAACAGACAUGAAAACUCCCGAGCUAAAGAUUAAAAAAGGAAAAGCACCCAAGGGGUCUGCUGACAUCGAAUUCGACAUAAAGGAAACGGUUUCCGUACCGACUGUUGAUAUCAAAAUUCCAUCGAUUCCUAAACUGGAGGGUCACGUCCAAGUCAAAGACACCGAUUUACCAUCUGUAAGUGUACCUGAGGUUAAAACACCUAAGCUUGAUGUUAAAAUUCCAAAAACUGAUGUCAAGACAACAAAAUUCGAUUUGUCAGAUAUUAAAAUACCAGGAUUUAAAAGUAAAAAAGAUAAAAAAUCAAAACAAACUCCGGAUUUUGAUGUCAAAGUCGAAGAUAAGAUUUCUGUUGACAUUCCAUCUGUAUCUAUACCUAGUGUUUAUAUCGAAAAGCUAUCUAAACUUAAUGUUGAAGAAGAAAUAAAAAUCAAGGAUACAGAUUUACCAUCUAUCAAUGUUCCUGAGUUGAAAACACGAAAACUUGAUGUUGAAAAAGCUACCUCGACAAUUAAAACACCAGAAAUUCCUAAAAUUGGCAAAACAACAGACAUCAAAUCACCUGAAUUAAAGAUUAAAAAAGGAAAAGCACCCAAGGGAUCUACUAAUAUCGAUUUCGACAUCAAUGAAAAGGUUUCCGUUGAAAUUCCAUCGGUUUCCGUACCUAGUGUUGGUAUCAAAACUCCAUUGAUUCCUAAACUGGACUGUCACGUCCAAGUUGAAGACUCCGAUGUACCAUCGGUCAGUGAAGGUGGAGUCAAAACAACUAAUGUUUCAAUCAAAAAUAUUCCUGAUCUGGACAUCGAUGAACGAAAAGUAAUCCAAGAAACAGAAUAUGUUGACGAAGUAGAAACGAACCAAUCUGUAAAUCCAAACAUUAAUUCUCCAUCGUUUUUAAGUAAAUUACGUAAAGGUCUUAAAAUAUCUACGUCCAAGACGACCAAAAUAAUAAAAGACAAGAGUGAUACCGAAACCUUAGAAUCAGACGAUACAAAGAAAUCGUUAUUGAACGAUUUUAUUGAAAAAGAACGGGAGAGCACCGUCGUACAUUAUUUACCAACAACUGAUGAUAAUUCUGGAAUCGAUACUCUUGGAUCCGAACAAAGUUCAAAAACACCAAUUAAGGAAGGAAAAUCUAUUGUGCCGCUAAAUAUUGACAAACCUGAUGGUACCGAAAUAUUUAAGCCUAUAACAUCUGAAAUGCUGAUCAAUCAAACGGGUACGGUCUCCACGUGGAAAUCACGAAAGGUUGUUAGACGCAUCAUUAUCAUCGAUGGAAAAGAGAUUGAGGUAGAAGAGAUAAUUGACGAGCCUGAACAUGGUGCACCAGUUAAAAGUAUUUUGAGAAAAACAAUCAGGAACGGUGAGGAAGUAAUUGAGAAUAUUAUCGAUCCCGAAGAAAUUGAUAAGAUCUUACGGUUGUCUGUACUCAACGAUACCGUAAAGAAUACAAGUGAAAGUGUAACAACUACAAGAACGCGUAGAAUCAUUAGGCGAAAAAUUAUUGUCGACGGAAAAGAGUCCGUAGUAGAAGAGGAAAUUGACGAACCCGUUACUGACGAAAUAACAGAGUCGAGUGUUGAGCCUUUUGAUAGUCGAAAUGCUUUUCUUCAACUUGAAAGGGAUUAUUGUGACCUUUCUCAUGUUAAUGAUCAUAAGUCUAUCAAACUAAAUAUUAUUGAUCCCGUUGAAAACUCUCUAAUAAAGUCAGGUUCAAAGAAAAUGGUAUUAAAGAAGGUGAUAAGUGAUAGUGGGAGAAUGAAUUUUGUGAUGGAAAUGGUUGACGAUCAAUUACCAAAAGGAAAAACGAUAAAACUAAAUGACUUGUCUAUUGCUUCCCAUCACCUUAAUAGUAUUAAAAAUAAUAUUUUGAGAUCAGACAACAAAAAUAAAUAUAGUAUGUAUUCUAUAUUCUUUGAGGACAUUUGGGAGUUAUUGGAUGUUAUCACGUUCUACUUCACAAAACAUAAAAAAUUAUGUGAUGCUGACUUGGAAUAUUGCUUGGAGGAACCUAUAAACUCAAAACCAAUUUUAAAUCAAAUUGAAUCAGUCAUUAAAGAAGUAUCAAACAUAAAAGAAAAACAUACAAGUUCAAAUGAUGAAUUUGAACAAAUUAAAUCGAUGAUGUCAAAACUCCAAAAUAAAACAAAAGAAGUUAGACGUCAAAUUGAUACUUUCAACGAUGAUGCUGAUUUAGUGGAUUGGCAGAAUCAAAUACUUGCAAUUGAAAAUGUUCAUAAGAAAAUAGAUCAAUUUAAAUCAGAAUUUGAACAAUUAAAAAAAGGGAAAUUAUCAUAUGAAGAAAAACUUCGAAAAUUGGAAAUACUAUUCGCUCAUAAUCAAUUAGUCAUUGAAGAAUUAUAUGAUAUUAUAAGUAUUUACAAACUGAAAUGCAACUCAAAAAAUAAAUUACCAGACGACACAUAUAAAUCUUUAAGAACUGCGAUCAAACUAGAUAAAGAAUUGGGAAAUACAACCAAAUUUUUUAUUGAUGAAAUCGAAAAAGAUAACUUCACCAAUUUUAACUCUAAACAGUUAGAAUUGGUGUGUGGACCUAUAAACAAUUCUAAUGAAAAUACAAUUAAAUAUUUUAACAUCAAACAUAUUCUGGAGGACCUUGACAAAUAUCACCACGUCACCACAAAACUGAUAAAAUUAAAGACUUUAUCGGAAUCUCAGAAACCCGAUAAAAACGUAAUAAAACAAUUGGAAACGGAACUGAAUAAUACGCAGUUAAACAUUAAAAAACUUCUAUCCAUUCAGAAUGAGUGGACUCGUUUAGAAGAUAUUUUAACGGCCGAACAAAAAUGGUUAGAUGAAGUUGGAGUGUCCAUUCUUGACCUCACGAAGAUAACGUCAAUAAAUUACGUUCAAACACUAUCUAACACACAAAAUACAAUCACAGAUGUAGCUAUUCAUUACGACAAACUUGUAUAUUUGAAGGACAUUAUAGAAAAAAUCCAAAAUCAAAUCGAUGUGAAACCGCUAUUGUAUGUUUGUGAACAGCAUACAAAUGAUACAUUCAAAUUAAAAAAUAAUUUAAGGGCAAAAGAAAUACGCUUGAUAACGUUCAAGAAACAAUUUGACAAGUACAGUGAACUCAAGAACAACGUUGAGUUGAGUUUGUCACGCAUUACAUCAAAUUUGGAAGAUAUUACACCAAAUCGAGAAAUCGUCGAGACCAAUAUAACUCGAUCCGAGUUGGAGAUUGUAGAAGAAUCUAUAAGAACUUGUUCUGAUAGUUUAAAUGAAUCACUCGAUAUUCUGCCUAUCUCCGAUGGACAAAGUGAAAUCGAAACCAUGGGGUCACUUGCGACAGAAUGUAAGGCAUUAAAAGAUAAACUCCAUAAAAUAAGGUCUACUGUGGAUAACUGUGAUGUUUCAAAAAUAUUUAAACACCUUGAAACUACUUUAGAAAAACCGAAAGACACAUUAUUAGACCAUAUCAAGACACUCAAAGGUGUUUCGUACGAAGUAAGCGCCAUCGAAAGCCUUGAGAACAGUGGCCAACAGUUAAGCGCCAUCCAAAGUCAAUGCAACAGCCAACUAAAAGAUUAUUCGAAUUUAAAUGGCAAAAUUGAAACUUUGCGUAAUACUCUAUUCGAGCUAACUAACGACAUAAACAAUUCUGAUUUCACUUUGUCAGAAUUGGAAAACGAAUCACAUAAAGACAGGCACACUUCCGAAACAGCAAUAUGCAAAACGUAUCAUCAAGUUUCGGACAAUAUGAAAAACAUGCAACAGACGCUGUCAUCGAUUUCUCAACAGUUAAAACAAUUAAAAGAUGGUCUUAAGUACUUUAAAAAAGACAGAAAAUCAUUGGAAUCUGAAGUAAAUGAAGUUGAAAAACAGUAUAAACAAUUAAAAACAAAACAUCAAAGUGUACUUAAAACUUUGGAAAAUAAAUGCAACUAUUGGACAAUGGUCGACGAGCUGUUACUAAAAAUUAGAAUAAAAAAUAACCAUAUAAACAAUUUAACUAUAAUUCCACUGGACUCAGACACGCUGGCGGGCAAACAUUUAGAAACAAUAUUGAAGCAUCUCAAGGAUGUACGCAGCUCUUACGAUAAAGAGAAUAAAGCUAUUUUGGCUGACAUUGAAUCCCUGCGUAGAAAAGGAGACAAAGAGCAAAUCGACGACAUAAUUGACGGCGAUCAGACGCAAUGGAACGACACCGGUGUGGCCGUUAAACAAUUGGUUGAACGUUAUGAAAAGGCAUCAAAAACGCUACACAGUUAUCAACAACUAAGAGAAUCUACAAAUGAUUGGUUGAAUGGUAAACUUUUGUCGAUUGAAACUACCGAAGAUGUAUCGGAUAAGACAAAGUCAAUUGAUAAGCAACAAGAAAAUCUGGUCGAAUUACGGAGCAUGAUAACGGACGUGGCCGAAACCAUUGGACUAAAUCCAGAUGACGUGCCGCUAAACGAAAUCGAAGAACUGAGUUUGAAACUAGAGAAAGUCCAAAAAGUUCUCGCCGCACUCGGUGAUGUUGCGGACAAAAAGAACAAAAUGUCGGAAGACAUCGAAGAUGCGAAACGACUUUUGCAUGAUAUCGAAAAAAACUCAUCAAAAUCCAUCAAAAACAAUGACGAGAACCUAAAAGAAUUAAGAACUAAAUUAUUAGACUUGAACAAAUCGAAAAAAGAGAUGGACGAAUCUUUUGACAUAGAUAACUUUGAAAUACCUCUAAGUGAAAAACGAACAUACUCUAUAAUCGAAGUAUUCCAGCUCUGGCAACAAAUAUUCAAAGAAACUUUCAAUCAAUAUCGUAGAUUAUCGUGUACCUUACUUGAAAACGAAAACAAUGUCGCUGUAUUUGAACUGUGGCACGACUAUUUGAUGUAUGUACAAGAAUUUUUAAAAUCUCCUGUUCCGGGUGACUACCAUUCACUAACAAGUCAUGAACGACUUUGCCAAGUACAUCAAGAAGUAUUGAUCAGUCAGAUGGAUACUAUUCCUAAUUGUAUGAAUAAGCCAGACAUCAUAUCUGAGCCAGCAGCAUUGGAAAGAUUUACAUCUUUGAUGGAUUUGCACAAUGAAACAAUGACAGACCUCGAAAACACUCAUCAAGAAGUGUGGACCAAACUAAGCCACUGGAAAGAAUACCGAACAAAUGUUAAAAAGGUAUAUGAAUGGCUAUGGAAGGUUGAAAAAGUUCAUUCAAAUUUAAAUCUUAAAUUCAUCAACACCAGAAGGCUGCCACAACUAAAAUCUCAAAUAAGUGAUCUACUAAAUAAUUUGGCUGUGGAACGUUCUCAAAUCGAUGACUUGGAAAAACGUCAAAAUACCAUCUUUGCGUUCUGUGAUAAGCCUACGGAAACCGGCUACAGAAAAGAACUGAUAGCGAUUAGUCAACGAGUCAACGAGAUUCAGGCAUCGUUGGAAGUUUGGAAUGGAUACCUAGAAAACGUAGAAAAACUUACCACCUCUUUUGACGUUCAAAGCGUGGAAAUAGAUCAAGUAUUGCAAGAUGUGCAAACUAAACUUGAUACACUGAAACGUGAAUUUGGUUCUAACGAGGAUAUAGUGCCAUCUGAUAAACUGAAGUCAGAGUCCAGUAAAAUACAGGAAUUAAAUAACAGUUUGAAACAAUUAGAUCCACAACUCACGUCUACUACUGAUAUACGAGACAAGUUAAAAGAUUCAUUAGAUCCUAUAGAAAUUCGUUCAUUUGGACAAAAACUUAGGUUUUUAGUAUAUCACCAAAAAGAUUUACAAUAUCAAUUGUUUUUGUAUUCAUGUCAAAUAGACAAUUUGUUAUAUAAACCUCAAGAAUUCACUCAUAGAUACACUAGAUUUAGGAACUGGGCUGUUGAUACCGAAACUCAGUUGAAAAAUUUAACUAAAUCCUUGAAAGAUCCGCAAUUUGCUAUUGAUGUGUUGAAACCUGAAUUUGAAUCUCAGAUUAAUUCUAAACAAAAGGAAUUUAAUUGGUUAAACGGAGCCGGUAGUCAACUAAUUAAAGCAGAAUCGCAACUAAAUCCUCAACUAGCAAAAACAACUGAAUCUAACUUAAAAGAAAUCAAUGAAAACUGGAAUAAUUUAAAUAGUUCAUUGUACAAAUAUACUGUCGAAUUACCUACAACCAUUUUGAAUACAAAUAAAUUAUUCGAUAAAAUCAAUAUCUUCAAAAUUUGGAUCAGCGACUUUGAAUCAAAAAUAAACAGCCCAAUCGUUUUUAACGAUCGUUCAGAAUACAACUUAAAAGAAGAAUUGGAAUCUUUAGAUGCAUUGAGCAAUAUGUAUAAAGAAAAACAAGGAGAAUAUAACGAAUUAAUGGCUAAUUGUAAUGAACAAUUAAAAAUUGAUAAGAACACCAAUGAUUCUGAUACCACUCAAGAUUUGCAGUGUCCGUCGAAGACAUUACCGAUCAGCUGGAAGAACCUAGAAAAUAAAAUUAGUGACAAACGUGUUCGGGUAUUAAACGCAUGGGAGGAACUGCAAACCAUACUUGGUUUAAUCGAUGUAGAAACCAAAUGGCUGAGUCGGUUAAAUAUUGCCGUUGAAGAACAUAAAAAAAAGAAAUUUAUAGAACAUAAAAGUUUGUCUGGCUUAAUCAGUAAUUUUGAACAGGAACAACAAACAGCAAAAGACAAGUUUUCUAAGUUAGAACUUGCUGUAUCUAUAUCUCGUUCUACAUAUUUUGCAAAGUUCAUUGACGAAGAAAUAGAAAUAAUUAGUAGAAAUCGAAAUUCUCUGUUGGAACAAAUCGAUAUGAUACUUAUCGCUCUUAAAAAAUCGUUAACAUUGUGGAAAGAUUUCGUCAAUGCACAUGGAAGAGCGGUAGUGACCCUGACCCAAGUCGAUACCAAACUAAUUCAACUCGAGUUGUUAGAAAAAAGUGAUAAUGCUGACGAAGGAAGUGCUCGUAUUAUGGAGAAAGACCUUGGAAAUUUGCAGAUAUUAGAAAUGGAGUUAAAAAAAUACGGAGGACUUCUCGAGAAAGCAGAUGCACUAGGUCUGCAAUUGAUGACUAAUAGUACUCCUGAGGAUAUAAAAAAUAUUCAAGAAAUGAUUGACGAGUACCAACUUUUAUGGAAGGAUAUCAACAAUCGUAUUGAAAAAUUGAAGGUGACAUGUGUUCAAGAAACUUCGUGUAGAAAGAAGCGGUCGGUAAACGAAGAAGUUCAAGUAGAAACAUUAAAGUUUGGCAAAGAUUCACAAGUGCAAGUCGACACUCUUCCUACCGAAUUGCUUAGAAAAGACUCAUUCCUAUACGAAUUACAAACGGCGAUAGCGAACGCUAAUACCAACUUAAACGAGUUAGAAUUAGCUAUACAAAAAUCUGACAAGAAUUUAUCGAAAAAUAUUGCGACGUGUCAAAUGUCCAUAGACUUGAUCAAACAUCUCAGCGUCAUAUUAAAAACACAGUGUGGAGUGUCAGAGUCUGACAUAACCAUAGUCAGGUCUGAAGAGUUGUUGACCAAGUACGAGGAACUUCUUGUAAAGUUCCGUUCACAGCAGCAAGUCGGUCAACCAAAAACUAGCAGUUCGGUGAUGUGUCCACUGUGCUCCGAACAAAACUGGUCACAGUUUGAAAACGACAUGUGGCGCUUAGAACACUGGAUACAGUCAACCGAAGCUAAGCUCAGCGUCCAACCGAUGGUACCACCAUCGAAGAUCGAACAACUAGAAGACGUCAUACAGGAGCAUAGGGAACUCCUAUUGUACUUGGACAGUCACCGCAAUAUCGUGCAGUCGUUGAACGUGAUUGGACACCACUUGGCCGAGCACAGCAACGACGCGGAAAGAGCAGCUCAGAUCAAAAAGCGUUUAUCUGCUACCAACUCCAGAUGGGAUCGUGUCUGUUUUGCGUGCACAGAAUGGCAGACCAAACUGCAAACUGCACUUAUGGAGAACGAGGAGUUUUACGGCGUUAUUGACGAGCUCGUCGAUUGGCUAGACGAGACGGAACGAGCGAUCAAAACGACCGAACCGGUGGACCUGGCCGAGGACACUGUUAUCAUAGUGGAUAAAUUCAACAAGUUUAAGAACAUGCACACGGAACUGGAGAGGUGCGAACCACGAGUGGUAUCGCUGCUCGAGGCGGCAGACUGGCUACGCCAGGCAAAUGAAAAGACUGGCGCCACGACGCACUCAGCCUCCACAUCCGAUCAGACCAUCGUCGACUCUCACGCUAGACUGUCACACCUCAGGGCCCGUCUCACGGUGUUGAUAAACAUGACGGCCAGCUACACGACGAAACUUGGCACCACUUUGGGCUACGACAUGACGCCGGACAGCGUUUGCAUAAGACUACACCAGGUGGACGAUACCAGCACUGCUAUGAAUCGAUCCAACGAAGAAGAACCGAACACAAAUGUUGGCGGAGAUGAGACGGUGUUGAGACGCGGCUACAGAUUCUUCGGCCGGGUAAUGCGGGCGUCCCUGCCUUUCCAGGUGCUGAUGCUGCUGGUCCUGGGCGCCGCCUCUCUGGUGCCAAUCGUUGACGAGGAGUUCAGCUGCAUGGAGUCCAACAGCAUCGCCUGGAGCCUUUACCCGUUACUCCGCUACCCCGGAGGACCGCCACCGGUAUAG